AAACAGCGUUCGGAAGAGUUGACGUGGACGAGCGUUUGUACAAUGGCCAGCAGUAAAGUAGAAACUUCAGCGGACAGCUCCACUUUAUCAUCCAAUUCAAAUGUGCCUUCACAGCCCAAUAACCCGCUAUCGAGGAAGCUCAACAAAAUAUUAGAAACGAGGCUCGACAAUGACAAGGACAUGCUGGAGGCUCUGAAAGCGCUGUCAGUGUUUUUCGGUGAAAACAGUUUGCGCACCAGAAGAAAUCUUCGAGGUGAUAUAGAACGACGAAGUCUUACGAUUAACGAGGAGUUUGCAGGAAUAUUUAAAGAAGUGAAAGAGGAGCUUGAAAGUGUUCAUGAGGAUGUUCAGGCGAUGAGCACUUGUUGUGAAGAAAUGACCAACAGACUUAAGGCUGCGAAAGAGCAAACUCAAGACCUCAUUGUGAAAACCAACAAGCUGCAGGGAGAAAA